AUGGCCACGCAAGCGACUGGAAUCACAACAUUGCAUUUGAAGUCUCUCUACUCGCCCUCUUAUCGUUUAAUUCCAGCUGUUUAAUUGACCCUUUCGCAUUGAGUAUGCCUCUAACUAUCGCUGAGGGGCAGCAGUGUUACAGAACACGUGAAGUAUUUCCUCGCGUGUGAAUGAAAACAUGCUGCUGGUCGCUGUGAAAGCUAACCGACAGCAACAGGAACGAGCUAGCGAACGGCUGUUCGGCUGUGAUGUCUGUCCCCGUGGAAAAUGACAAGAAGACGAGGCAGACGGUUAGCUAGUUAACAGCAUGUGACACACACACACUCACACAAGCUGUCUGCUCAUACACACACACACACACACACACACACACACACACACAAAGUUGGGUGUCAAAGAUGCCUCGUCUGGAGGAGCUGGCCAACGUUGUCCUCAGGGUGCCGAGCAUACUGGUGCUGGACCUGCUGUACAAGUGUGACAUUGAAGGCCUCACGGAGCACCUCAAGGCCAAGAGUGAAGACAUGCUCUUCAAGUACAAAUAUGUCAUCUGGAACAUGUACUACUUUGGUCAUCUGCUGAACGUGGUGGUGUUGAUUUUGCCGUUGAGACACAUUGUGACGCUCUACCUGCAUAUCCUCGCUGCUCUUCUCCUGUACAUGGGGCAUCAGAUUUCCAUGGAUUAUAUCCGCGAGGAGCUGCACAGCAGUUAUGAGGGAGCGGUGUACGUCGAUUCUCUGGCGUUCAACAGAUUCGUCUCUGCAUUGACGAGUCAGAUUAUUCUCAGCACGCUGUGUGCCUUCCUGAUGAAGACCAGAAAGGUGUGGUUGUUCUCCGCUCACUUGCUCCCCCUGCUGGCCCGACUCUGCGGCGCUCCGCACGCCGCGCUGCUGGCCGCCAACACUCUCUCCGUGGGGCUAACGGGCGCGGGAAUCACCGUGUUCCUCCUCUCGCAUCUCUUCGUGCCCUAUCGGCUCGCAAAGGCCGCCUAUUUAGAGCUGCUGCAGCUGGAGGUGAUCGAGCUGUACCGACUUCUGGCUGUGGGAAUCUCCCUGUGGAACCAGUUUGCCGUCCCAGUGCUCUUCAGCGUCUUCUGGUUUGUUCUGUUCGUCGUCCAGCUGUGCUCAGACAUCAUGUCUCGAAAAACCUCAGCAGGCCGUCAAGGAAUCAUGUUCUUCCUGCUCUCAAGUGUCUCCGAAUGUUGUGCCACGCCGUACUCUCUUCUGGGUCUGACCUUCGUGGUGUCCUAUCUCGCUCUUGGGCUGCUUAACCUAUGCAAGUUCUACCUGGGAGGUUAUGCAGCUGUUCAGAGCGAGAACGUCAUGCACAGAGGUGUGACGGAGGGCGUCACUCUGCUUCUGCUCGCUCUUCAGACGGGCCUGUUGGACAUGCAGGCGCUGCAGCGCACCUUCCUCCUCAGCAUCGUCCUCUUCAUCGUGGUGACCUCGACCCUGCAGUCGAUGAUUGAAAUAACAGACCCGGUUAUUCUGGUCCUGGGUGCGUCCCGCAACAGGAGUGUGUGGAAACACUUCCGUGGCCUCAGCAUGUGUUUGCUUCUGCUGGUGUUCCCCGUGUUCAUGGCUUAUAAAAUCUCCAAGUUCUUCCACAUGGACUUCUGGCUCCUGAUACUGGUGUCUAGCUGCAUGCUGACUUCCCUUCAGGUUACAGGCACGAUGCUGAUCUACUCUCUCUUCAUGGUGGAGCUGUUCCGCAGCGACCCCAUCGAGAGCCUGGACGAAGUCAUCUACUGGGUGAACGCCGUCAGCAGGGUGCUGCAGUUCGUGGUGGCGCUGUGCGUGGUGGCGUACGGCACCUGGGAGUCGCUGUUUGGCGAGUGGAGCUGGAUGGGCGCCUCCGUCAUCAUCAUCCACUCCUACUUCAACGUGUGGCUCAGAGCUCAGUCCGGCUGGAGGAGCUUCCUGCUCAGACAGGAAGCGGCGAAGAAGAUCAGCUCCCUCCCCAGAGCCACCGCUCAGCAGCUGCAGCAGCACAACGACGUCUGCUCCAUCUGCUUCCAGGAAAUGACCUCGGCUGUGAUCACAUACUGUGGACAUUUCUUCCACGGCAACUGCCUCCGCAAGUGGCUGUACGUGCAGGAGAGCUGCCCCAUGUGCCACCAGACAGUGCGACCCAUCCCGACGGGUCAGAGCCCGGCUUCGGGCGACGUCCCGGCAGCUCAAACCCAGAGAGACGCGGGGCCGGAACCGGCUGCGCAUCAAGAGGGAGCUCGGAACCAGGACAGCGGUUCUUCCCGGCAGAUGCAGAGCGAAGCCGCGACUCCUCGUCCCACCGAGGGGCGGCAGAAGGAGGAGACUGAAAGCGUCGAGGGUGAAGAUUGUGAGAGGGAAGAUAAAGACCAACCAGCUGAUACGCACGGGGAAGCUGUCCACGGUCUUCGUUUCAGCUCCAGUGGAGACUUUGUUGGAUUGAAUGAGCUCGCGGUGGAGGACCAAUUUGACUAAUGGAGCCGAACUUGUAGACCGCAGUACUUUCUGCCCUAAAGAGCCACGAAACGGUGAUCGUGAUAAACAUGACAGCCGUGAAGGUACAUCUAAAUCACGGAAGAACCGUGGCUCACGGGAAUCAAACAAAAAUCAUGAGGCACUUGGUACGAGCCUUGUGGAUCGCCAAACGUCUGUCAAAUCGUGUAAUGAAAACUCAGAGCUCUUAGACGGCAUUGAUGAUCCUCAAAGUCAUAAAGGUAGCGCCACAUAUUCAGACUUGAAGCCAGGCGAACUUCUAGAGGAUGAAACUGUCCCACAGACGCCCCCGUCCUCCUCAGAUGCCACCUUCUCUUGCACAAGCGCAGACAACAGGGACUCACUGCACCAGUGCCUUGGAAGGGAGUGAAAGGGGGAUUCCUCCACAACGGGGAAUCAAAACACAUUUGCCUUCUCUCUGUGAACCAAUCAAGAAAUGUCUUUUUACCAGACAGUGUAAUAAAUGUGCUUCAGUUCAGAUUGAAUAUAGAGACUGGUUUGUGUUGGGUUCAAAUCACACCCGUAUUGUACAACUGUAAAGAGAUAAAUAUAUAAUUCAUAGAAGUUAUGUGUAACUAUAAAGCAAUUAUCUUGCAUCAAUGUUUACCAAACUCUAUCAAUUACAAGUAAAGAUAUUUAAAUUUUAGCAAUUGCAUUUGGUUUAUUCUAUUUUUUCCUGUUGUACUUGUCUUGCAUUUUUGUGAAAGCAAUGUGGCAAAAAGAAAAACUUCAGCAUUUGCCUUUUUUUAAUCAUGAAUUAACCUUUUAUACUGUGGCUGUUCUCUGUCUCCCAGGAUUAAAUUACUGCUGUGAACAUGUACUUUAUUCCCGUAGUUUCAAAAUUAAUAAAUUCAUGAAGACGG